AUGGCCUGCGCCGGCGCCGCGCGGAAGAUCUCGGCGGUGCUCUACCACUACCCGUGCCCGGACGGCGCGUUCGCCGCGCUCGCCGCUCACCUCUAUUUUUCCGCCGCCGCCCACCCCGUCCGCUUCUUCCCCAAUACGGUCUACGACCCCAUCAGGAGUGAUUCACUUCCGUUGGAAGAAAUAAAAGAUGUUUACCUGCUUGACUUUGUGGGACCUCCCGGUUUUGUUGAAGAUAUAUCCACUAAAGUCGAAAGAGCAACGAUCCUGGACCAUCAUAAAACUGCUUUUGAAAGUUUGUGUGGGAAUGCCACACUUGGGCAAAAUGUGACCAAGGUGAUAGACAUGCAGCGUAGUGGUGCGACAAUUGCAUUUGACUUCUUUAGAAACAAGCUCUUGACAGAAGUUAGCACCUUACGGGGUAAUGAAAGUGGUAAAGAUGUAGCCGAGGUCAAAUAUGUACCUGACAACAAGGUUGAAACAGUGCACAAGCUUUUUAAGUUUAUUGAAGAUGGGGACUUAUGGAGAUGGAAAGUUCCAAAUAGCAAGGCCUUCAGCAGUGGACUUAAAGAUUUGGACAUUGAAUUCAAUGUCAAUGCAAACAGUAAAUUGUUUGAUCAGUUGCUGGAGUUGGAUCCUGAGCAUGUCGUUUCCCAUGGACAAGCAACAUUAUUAGAGAAGCAAAGAUUAAUAGAUGAUUGUCUGGAGAAAUCUUAUGAAAUUUCCCUGGGAAGUGGCCAGUUUGGGAAUUGUCUGGCUGUUGAUGCUGAUGCUAUUUCAAAUUUGAGAAGCGAACUUGGAAAUCAACUAGCUAGCAAGAGCCGUGAUUUGAAUCUAAGGGGAAUUGGGGCUGUUGUAUACAAAGUCCCUGAGUUGAAUAAUGACCAGAUGCUGAAAAUAAGUCUAAGAAGUUUAGAACAAGAAGACACAACUUGUAUCUCUCAGGAAUAUGGUGGUGGGGGACAUCGGAAUGCAAGCUCGUUUAUGCUGAGUUUGACUGAGUUUGACAGGUGGAAGGUCGGAGCUGGACCUUCUCGACCAAAAGGUGCAUAA